AUGAAUUCAAAAUUUCAGGUUGAUCUUCUGCGCUCAUUCAUCUUUCGCAACUCACAGAAAACAUACACUGGAAUCCCUGUCAUUGCAGCAAAUAUGGACACUGUGGGGACAUUUCAAAUGGCGAAACAAAUGGCAAAGCACCUGAUGUUCACAACCAUCCACAAGCAUUAUUCUGUUGAUGACUGGAAGGAGUUUGCUGCUGCUGAUAAAGUCACUUUGGAGCAUGUAGCUGCCAGUUCCGGCAUCGGAGCAGGAGAUCUGGAGCGGCUGAGUGCCAUCCUUGAGGCCGUUCCUGAGAUCAAGUUCAUCUGUAUUGAUGUUGCCAAUGGAUACUCGGAGCACUUCGUUCAGUUUGUCAGAGAUGUCAGGAAACGGUAUCCAGAGCACACCAUCAUGGCAGGAAAUGUGGUCACGGGAGAAAUGGUGGAAGAACUGUUACUGUCUGGCGCAGACAUCAUUAAGGUGGGCAUCGGACCUGGUUCAGUGUGCACAACCCGGAAGAAGACUGGAGUUGGCUACCCUCAGCUCAGUGCCGUUAUAGAGUGUGCAGACGCAGCUCACGGCCUUGGUGGUCACAUUAUAUCAGAUGGUGGCUGUACUUGUCCUGGGGAUGUUUCCAAAGCCUUCGGAGCCGGAGCAGACUUUGUCAUGCUAGGAGGGAUGCUAGCCGGACACACCGAGUCUGGAGGAGAAACAAUAGAGAAGAAUGGUAAAAAGUACAAGCUCUUUUACGGCAUGAGUUCAGCAACAGCCAUGACAAAGCAUGCAGGAGGUGUGGCUGAGUACAGGGCCUCAGAAGGUAAAACAGUCACUAUUCCUUUCCGGGGAGAUGUAGAAGACACCAUUCAGGACAUUCUGGGUGGGGUCCGAUCCACCUGCACGUACGUGGGAGCAUCCAAGCUCAAGGAGUUGAGUAGGAGGACCACGUUUAUCAGAGUCACCCAGCAGCUGAACGAAGUGUUUACUGCCAACACCACAGAGAAUUGA